GCUUCAGUGGGCGGUGGUGGCGGGUCCGAGACCCUUCGCUCUCACCUCCCCCUUCACCGCUCCCUUCUCCGCCCCUCUGCAGGCAUCCGCCGACAGGAAAGAUGAACAGAUCAUGUUUGAGCACCAUGGAACCUUUAGGCUCUACUUUAACAUCAACUUAUGCCCAUCCUGCACCAGCCAACUUCCUACCAGCCCUUGGUACCAUGGCAUCAAGCUAUAGGGAUCGCUUUCCCCAUUACAAUUUGACCCAUAGCUUGAGCCUUCCUUGGAGACCAAGCACAUACUACAAAGCAGCCUCUAACUUGCCAACCUUGGGCCCGUACUGCACCAGAGCACAGAGGGUUUGCGAGAGCACCAUGCUUCCCUUUGUUUCCAACAGAACCACCCUCUUCACAAGAUACACUCCUGACGAUUGGUACAGGUCCAAUUUAACGAACUACCAAGAGUCUAAAACUUCCCGACAUAAUUCAGAGAGACUCAGAGUGGAUACAUCUCGCCUCAUUCAGGACAAACAUCAACAGACGAGAAAAACCCAGGCAGAUUCUACCCAAAAUUUGGGAGAACGUGUCAAUGACAUAGCGUUUUGGAAAUCUGAAAUCACUCAUGAGUUGGAUGAAAUGAUUGGAGAGACAAAUGCACUUACUGAUAUUAAGAAAAGACUAGAGAGGGCUUUACUGGAGACUGAAGCCCCUCUGCAGGAAGUUGAUGUUAUUCUGUGUUGCCAAGAAAGAAUGAAGCGAUAUUUGGAUAAGGCUAUUGCCCAACUUGCCGCUGAUAGAGCUGCCCAGCACGAGCUAGAAAAAGACCUAAGUGAUAAACAGGCAGCUUACCGGAUUGAUGACAAAUGUCACCACUUGCAUAACACUUCUGAUGGUGUUAGCUACUUCCGUGGAGUGGAGAAGGUUGACGCAACGGUCUCAGUGCCUGAAUCUUGGGCAAAAUUUACAGAUGACAAUAUUCUCCGUUCCCAGAGUGAGAGGGCAGCUUCUGCCAAGCUAAGGGAUGACAUUGAAAACCUUCUGGUGGUGACUGCCAAUGAGAUGUGGAAUCAAUUUAACAAAGUGAACGUGGCUUUCACUAAUCGUAUUGCUGAGACUGCAGAUGCUAAGAAUAAGAUUCAGACUCACUUAGCAAAGACGCUACAGGAGAUAUUCCACACAGAAAUGACCAUAGAAUCCAUCAAGAAGGCCAUCAAGGAUAAGUCUGCCUUCCUGAAGGUGGCUCAGACCAGGCUGGAUGAGCGCACAAGGAGACCUAACAUAGAGCUAUGCAGAGACAUGGCCCAGUUACGCCUUGUUAAUGAGGUCUAUGAGGUUGACGACACCAUACAGACCUUGCAGCAGCGCCUGAGGGAUGCAGAAGACACCCUGCAGUCUCUGGUGCACAACAAAGCCACCCUGGAGCAUGACCUGGCUGUCAAAGCCAAUUCCCUGUACAUUGACCAGGAAAAAUGUAUGGGAAUGCGUAAGACCUUCCCCAACACCCUGCGGCUAGUUGGCUUCUGUUAG